GGCAGGGUCCGCGGGCCGGCGGGUGGGCGGGGAGCAGGCCGGGGGCGGCGCGCGGCUGGAACCUGAGCCGGCGGAGGAGGGACCCGCGGGCGGACGGGCGCCGGGCGGUCCGGCCGGGUUUCAGGAAGCACGGAGCUCCCGGCCGCCGGCGCCCAGCCGACCCUUAGACUGAGCAGUGAAGACAGGCCUGGGGCCGGCAUGGCGGAUCCCGGCGAAGGUCCCCGGGAGGUGGCUGAGCUCCCCGGGGAUGAGAGUGGCACCCAAGGCGGGGAGGCUUUCCCCCUCUCCUCCCUGGCCAAUCUGUUUGAGGGGGAGGAUGGCUCCCCUUCACCCUCACCGGCUGAUGCCAGUCGCCCUGCUGGCCCGGUCGAUGGGCGACCAAAUCUGCGCAUGAAGUUCCAGGGCGCCUUCCGCAAGGGGGUGCCCAACCCCAUUGACCUGCUGGAGUCCACCCUCUAUGAGUCCUCGGUGGUGCCUGGGCCCAAGAAAGCGCCCAUGGACUCGCUCUUUGACUAUGGCACCUGUCGUCACCACCCCAGUGACAACAAGAGGUGGAGGAAGAAGAUCAUAGAGAAACAGCCGCAGAGCCCCAAAGCCCCUGCCCCCCAGCCGCCCCCCAUCCUCAAAGUCUUCAACCGACCCAUCCUCUUUGACAUCGUGUCCCGGGGCUCCACCACUGACCUGGAUGGGCUGCUCCCGUUCUUGCUGACCCACAAGAAACGCCUGACUGAUGAGGAGUUUCGAGAGCCAUCCACCGGGAAGACCUGCUUGCCCAAGGCCUUGCUGAAUCUGAGCAACGGCCGCAACGACACCAUCCCUGUGCUGCUGGACAUCGCGGAGCGUACCGGGAACAUGCGGGAGUUCAUUAACUCACCCUUCCGUGACAUCUACUAUCGAGGUCAGACGGCCCUGCACAUUGCCAUCGAGCGCCGCUGCAAACACUACGUGGAGCUCCUCGUGGCCCAAGGAGCUGACGUCCACGCCCAGGCCCGUGGGCGCUUCUUCCAGCCCAAGGAUGAGGGGGGCUACUUCUACUUUGGGGAGCUGCCCCUGUCGCUGGCUGCCUGCACCAACCAGCCGCACAUUGUCAACUACCUGACGGAGAACCCGCACAAGAAGGCGGACAUGCGGCGGCAGGACUCGCGUGGCAGCACGGUGCUGCAUGCGCUGGUGGCCAUCGCCGACAACACGCGGGAGAACACCAAGUUCGUCACCAAGAUGUACGACCUGCUGCUGCUCAAGUGUGCCCGCCUCUUCCCCGACAGCAACCUGGAGGCCGUGCUCAACAAUGACGGCCUCUCGCCCCUCAUGAUGGCUGCCAAGACGGGCAAGAUUGGGAUCUUUCAGCACAUCAUCCGGCGGGAGGUGACGGAUGAGGACACACGGCACUUGUCGCGCAAGUUCAAGGACUGGGCCUACGGGCCAGUGUAUUCCUCACUUUAUGACCUCUCCUCUCUGGACACUUGUGGGGAAGAGGCCUCUGUGCUGGAGAUCCUGGUGUACAACAGCAAGAUUGAGGCAUGGUGGAUUAUGCCUGUAAUCCCAGCAUUUUGGAGGGCCAAGAACCGCCACGAGAUGCUGGCUGUGGAGCCCAUCAAUGAACUGCUGCGGGACAAGUGGCGCAAGUUCGGGGCCGUCUCCUUCUACAUCAAUGUGGCCUCUUACCUGUGCGCCAUGGUCAUCUUCACCCUCACCGCCUACUACCAACCGCUGGAGGGCACGCCGCCGUACCCUUACCGCACCACGGUGGACUACCUGCGGCUGGCUGGCGAGGUCAUUACGCUGUUCACUGGGGUUCUGUUCUUCUUCACCAAUAUCAAAGACUUGUUCAUGAAGAAAUGCCCUGGAGUGAAUUCUCUCUUCAUCGAUGGCUCCUUCCAACUGCUAUACUUCAUCUACUCUGUGCUGGUGAUCGUCUCAGCAGCCCUCUACCUGGCUGGGAUUGAGGCCUACCUGGCCGUGAUGGUCUUUGCCCUGGUCCUGGGCUGGAUGAAUGCCCUUUACUUCACCCGUGGGCUGAAGCUGACGGGGACUUACAGCAUCAUGAUCCAGAAGAUCCUCUUCAAGGACCUUUUCCGCUUCCUGCUCGUCUACUUGCUCUUCAUGAUCGGCUAUGCUUCAGCCCUGGUCUCCCUCCUGAACCCAUGUGCCAACAUGAAGGUGUGCAAUGAGGACCAGACCAACUGCACGGUGCCCACUUACCCAUCAUGCCGCGACAGCGAGACCUUCAGCACCUUCCUCCUGGACCUGUUCAAGCUGACCAUCGGCAUGGGCGACCUGGAGAUGCUGAGCAGCACCAAGUACCCUGUGGUCUUCAUCAUCCUGCUGGUGACCUACAUCAUCCUCACGUUCGUGCUGCUCCUGAACAUGCUCAUCGCCCUCAUGGGCGAGACGGUGGGCCAGGUCUCCAAGGAGAGCAAGCACAUCUGGAAGCUGCAGUGGGCCACCACCAUCCUGGACAUCGAGCGCUCCUUCCCCGUGUUCCUGAGGAAGGCCUUCCGCUCUGGGGAGAUGGUCACCGUGGGCAAGAGCUCAGACGGCACUCCUGACCGCAGAUGGUGCUUCAGGGUGGAUGAGGUGAACUGGUCUCACUGGAACCAGAACUUGGGCAUCAUCAAUGAGGACCCGGGCAGGAAUGAAACCUACCAGUAUUACGGCUUCUCACACACCGUGGGCCGCCUCCGCAGGGAUCGUUGGUCAUCGGUGGUGCCCCGCGUGGUGGAACUGAACAAGAACUCCAACCCAGACGAGGUGGUGGUGCCUCUGGACAGCAUGGGGAACCCCCGCUGCGACGGCCACCAGCAGGGUUACCCCCACAAGUGGAGGACUGAUGACUCCCCGCUCUAGGGACUUCGGCCCAGCCCCAGCCUCUCCGCCGGCCCAUUUCUAGUCCACCCGCAUUUCAGCAGUGCCUUCUGGGGUGUCCCCCAACGCCCUGCUUUGGCCCCAGAGGCGAGGGCCCAGUGGAGGUGCCAGGGAGGCCCCAGGACCCUCUGGUCCCUAGGAUCUGCCUCCCCGCUCCAGGAUGGGGGCUCCCGGCUGCCUGUCUCGCUCCUGUGGAGUCACAUAAGCCAACGCCAGGGCCCCUCCACCCACAGGGCUCAGGCCCUGGCCCCUGCCUCUCCUUUAUUUAUUUGCUCUGCUCUCAGGAAGUGGCAUGACCCCUGCCCCAGCUGGAACCUGGCAGAGGCCUCAGGACCCCGUUCCAGGUGCACUGCCUGGCCAAGCCCCAGCCCCAGCCUGAGCUGCACGCGCCACCAUGUGCGGCAGCAUGGCAGCUUUGCAAGGGGCUGGAGCCCUCGGCGUGGGGCCGUGCCUUCUGUGUGUUCUGUAGAGUGUCUGGGAUUUGCCGGUGCUCAAUAAAUGUUUAUUCAUUGAUGGUG